GGAGGGGGGGGUGGAGUUGUGAGAGGGGACGGUGUAAGCGAGGGAUCAUUGACAUGCGUGGUAGAUAGGUGGUGGUGUAAGCGGUUUGGGGUAGCAACUUGGCCGACAUGAAGGUGAAGAAGAAGCGGGGCGUUGAGCCGCCUCCGAAAGUGAAGGCUUUCAUCAGUACUGUCGUAAAUACGCCAUUGGAAAAUAUCGAUGUGCCUCUCAGGAGGUUUAGUUGGGAUUACGAAAAGGGGGAGUUUCAUCAUUGGGUGGACCUGUUCAAUCACUUUGAGCUCUUCUUUGAACAGCAUGUAAAGUCAAGAAAGGACUUGCAAUUGGAAGGCGAUUUUUUGGAUGGGGAUGGUCCAUUUCCCAAAGAAGCUGUACUGCAAGUUCUCAGGGUCACACGCAUCAUAUUAGAAAACUGCGUGAACAAAUACCUUUAUAAUAGUAAUGAGCAUGUGUCAUUGCUAUUUGCUUCAACGGAUCCGGACAUAGUUAUUGCAGCUUUGCAAACCUUAGCAGCGUCCGUGAAGAAACCUGUUCAGUCAAAUCGGACUUUGCGGUGGCAAGGAGAUGCAACCCUCAAUGCUUGUUUGUUCUCUUUGUCACAAGGCUGGGGUGGCAAGGAAGAGGGACUAGGUUUACUGGCGUGUGCUAUGGAUAACGGCUGUGAUGCCAAUGCUUGUAAAUUAGGGUCUACUGUUCACUUCGAGUUUUAUGCAGAAUCUGAUUCAUCUUCCUCUCAUGGUGAGACCAACGCUCCUGGACUUAAAGUUAUACACAUUGUGGACCUUCAUCUUCGACCGGAGGGAGAUCUUCAGUUACUCAAACUGUUAGUCGAUCAAUACCAAGUGCCUUCUCACCUUAGAUUUUCUCUCCUUACCCGCAUUCGUUUUGCUAGAGCAUUUGCAAACAUUGAAUCCAGGAGGCAGCACAUACGCAUAAGGUUGCUCGCGUUUACGGUACUUCUUCAGUCAAAUCCCGAUCACGAAGACCUUACUGCUUUUUUCAUAAAUGAGCCAGAAUUUGUGGAUGAAUUAGUGACUGUAUUACGAUACGAGGAUACUGUUCCUGAAGAUAUCCGGCUUUUGGCAAUUCUAGCGUUGGCGGCCCAGUCACAGGACAGGCCCCGACAAACGAAUGUGUUGAGCGUUAUUAGUGCAGGCGGUCACCGUGGCAUUCUACCUAGCCUUAUGCAGAAAGCCAUUGGAUCGAUCACGGAGGGAUCGUCUGGAUGCUCUGUUGCAUUUGUGGAAGCACUUCUCUUCUUGGUCACUGUUCUUGUUUCAUCCUCAUCUGGAUGUGCUGCCUUAAGAGAGGCUGGGUUGAUUCCAACUCUUCUUCCUCUUCUGAAGGAUAUGGAUCCGCAACACACACACUUGGUUAGUGCCGCUGUACAUAUAUUGGAGGCUUUUAUGGACUACAGCAACCCAGCGGGCACUCUGUUCCGAGAUUUGGGUGGGUUAGGUGAUACCGUUGCGAGGUUAAAAGUAGAAGUAUCGCGUGUAGAAGAGGGGGUCAGGUUCGAAAGAGAAGAGUUAAAGGCGGGCAGCAAGGGCAAGACUGCGAUGUCUUAUACUCCGCUUUAUCAAUUGGGCUAUGAGGAUGUAGAUUCUCAAUCUGCGCAAGUGACAGGACAAGCAGAGACUCUUAUACCCUAUCACCAAAGGUUACUGCUGAAGGCAUUGUUACGUGCUAUUGCUCUUGGCACCUAUGCUCCAGGAAACUCUGCAAGGCUACCCAUUUCAGAAGAGAGCGCCUUGCCGUACUGCCUUCAAACUAUUUUUAGGCAUGCGAAGGAGUUUGGAGGCGGUGUUUUUUCGUUGGCAGCAUCAGUCAUGAGUGAUCUUAUACACAAGGAUCCGACCUGCUUUGCUACAUUGGAUGCUGCUGGGCUUCCGGCAGCCUUCCUAGAUGCUAUUACGUCUGGUGUGCUUCCGUCUUCAGAAGCAGUUGGAUGUAUACCAAACAGCUUGGAUGCCUUGUGCUUGAAUAACUCAGGCCUGCAGGCAGUUAAAGAUCGGAAUGCUCUUGGUUGUUUUGUCAAAAUUUUCACAUCGAAAGUGUAUUUACGAGCUCUUGCAAAUGACACUCCUGGAUCUUUAGCUUCAGGCCUGGAUGAGCUGCUGCGACAUGCACCUUCACUGAGAGUUCCGGGAAUCGAUAUGUGUAUCGAGAUUUUAAAGACCAUUGCAGCUAUUGGUGGUGCGCCAAGUGAACCGGCUGUACUUGUAAAUGCUUCUGAUUCCGGUAAUGUAGAUGCACCUGUGCCGAUGGAUACAGAUGUUGAGGAAAGACCCAGUACUACAGCAGACCAUCUUUCAAGACCAUCAGUUUCUCCUCUGCAGCUGCAAGAUUCUGGCGCCGAUAUCAAUCUGGAAACUUUCUUGCCCGAGUGUAUAAACAAUGCUGUGCGGCUGUUGGAAACAAUACUGCAGAAUGCAGAUACCAGUCGUGUCUUUAUAGAGAAAAAUGGAAUCCAGGCUCUGCUACAGCUUUAUACUCUUCCGCAUUUACCAGUAUCUUUCGGAGGCUCCUCUAUAGCACAUAACAUGUCUGUUACGUUUCGUGCAUUCUCCCCACAACAUUCAGCCGCACUUACCCGAGCAGUUUGUGAUGCUCUCAAAGAUCAUUUGCAGGCAACACUGGAUCAGCUCAAACUCCUAUCAGGAACAAAACUUUCCGAUCUAGACAGCGGAGUAAGAAACAAAGUUGUUCGUUCCCUGUCUGCUGCAGAGUGCUAUUUGUCUCUGUCUUCAGUCUUGGUGCGUAGCUCAAACGCUAUGAUGUCUCAAUUGAGCGAUGGAGCUGCGGAAGCACUCAACAAUGUUGGGACGGUUCACAGGGAGGUUCUAUGGCAGCUAGCGUUGGUCGAUGAUGCAAAGGUGGAGCCAAAGAAGGAAUCUGAAGUUGGUAGCACUGACGCUGCUAGUGUAGGAGUCGGAGUAGCGACGAGAGAAAGCGAGGAAGGGACUGAGCCUUAUCCGGUGGUUAGGUAUGUAAAUCCUGUACAGAUCCGGAACGGACCUUCUUCUCACUGGGGUGUUGAACCCGAGUUCUUACCUGUGCUGCACGCAAACGAUGGACCUCACCGAAGGACCCGCAGAGAACACGCAGCCAAUACUGAAGCUCUUACUCAGAUUGCUCGUCUUGGUCGAUUGGCUCGCCAAGCAGAUGCUACUCAUGUUGAUACAGAGAGCGCUGCUGGUCUUUCAGAGACUUCUCCAGCUGUAGAUGCAGCCAAACGGAAAUCUCCCGAGUCGAUGAACUAUGACAUGAUGACCAGGUUGACAGCAGCUGCACGGGGUCUGUAUGUGGCAUUAGGAAAAGCCAUGUUAAUGCCAUCGCGUAGAAGAGAGGAAACUGUGUCUAUAUCAGGUCCUGCUAAAACGGUUGCUGGAACCCUCGCAAAGCUACUUCGUGAAAAUCUUAGCUUCAGCGGGCAUGGGGAGGGUUCUGAACUAGAAUCCACUGUUUCAGUGAAAUGUCGAUACUUGGGGAAAGUAGUGGAAGAUGUUUUGGCGGUAGUAUUCGAUAGUAGACGAAGAACCUGCAACACUGUCUUGUUGAAUAAUCUCUAUGGACAUGGAACAAUAACAGAGCUCUUAAAAACUUUUGCUGCCACAAGCCAAUUGUUAUGGACUUUGCCUCAAAGUUCUGGAGGUUCCUCAAUGGAAAGUGAGAGUGCAAAGUCGAAGGCUGAAAGGCCUGAAGAUAAAUCAGCGGCCAAUUCCUGGCUUAUGGAUACAUUGCGAAGCUACGCCCGUUUGAUGGAGCACCUUGUUACUUCCUCGCUGUUGUUGACUCCUUCCUCAAUGGCACAAGUAUUGCUACAGCCUGUGGCUGGUGCAUCAGAGCCACUAGCCAAGGAUCCUGAGGCCUUUGUUCGGAGUUUGCAAGCUCAAGUUUUGGAAGUUAUAUUACCCGUGUGGAAUCAUCCUCACUUUGCACAAUGUAGUGCGACCUUCAUCACAUUAAUAGCCUCUAUCAUCACGCACGUCUACACAGGUGUUGGAGAUACAAAGAUAAGUCGUCCUGGAGGUGGCGCUAGCGCAGGGGCCCGUCUGCCGGGGCCUCCUCCUGAUGAAUCAGCUAUUUCGUCGAUUGUGGAAAUGGGUUUUUCACGCCCUAGGGCAGAAGAAGCACUUCGUCGUGUUGGAGAAAACAGCACAGAACUGGCUGUGGAGUGGCUAUUUAGCAAUCCGGAGGUGGCAGCCCAGGAAGAUGAUGAGUUAGCACGAGCAUUAGCAUUGUCACUGGGUAGCGAUGCUCCACCUAAGGAAGAAUCAGGUGUAGACAACCAGGAGAAAGGACCCGUUGUCGAUCACGAAAUUAGCGAAGUUCCCCCAGUUGAGGAUAUGUUGUUGACAUGCAUGAAUCUUCUUCAGAGUUCAGACUCUGUUGCUUUCCCUGUUACAGACCUGUUGGUUACUAUGUGCAAUCGUAACAACGGGCAGGACCGCCCGCAAGUGGUAUCCUAUUUGGUUCAACAGCUCAAAAGUUGUAAAGUGGAGGGAGCAAUGACUGAUACUUGCCCAUUAUCAACUAUAUCUCACACUCUUGCCCUAGUUUUAAGUGAAGACAGUACAGCUAGAGAGAUUGCAGCAGCGAAUGGAGUAGUUUCUAUUGCAUUGGAUAUUCUUGAGCAAUUUAGACCAGUGAAGACUUCCCCGAAAGACGAAAUUCCUAAGUGGCUUACUGCGCUUUUGCUGGUUCUGGAUCACAUGCUGGUCUGUAAACUCAAGUUUUCUUCUGACCAACCAAGUGGAUCAGCGACUACGGCUGCUGGUAGCAAUAGCAUGGCUGUUAGUUCUGGUACCCCUGCGGCAGGCGUACAACUUGCUGAGGCUUUUAAUGAGCAGAACGAGUUGAAUUCAAGCCCAUUCAUUUCAGUGCUCGGGAAACCAUCUGGAUAUAUGACGAAGGAUGAGCUGAGAAGAGCAAUGUUCGUGGCUACUGGUUUUCUCCAGAUGCAGCUACCGUCCUCAACAGUGCAGGCAGUGCUUCAGCUAUGUGCCCGGCUGACUAAGUCGUACCCUAUUGCUGCUGCUUUCUUUGAUUCAGGUGGUUUGACUGCCCUUUUGAAUCUCCCACGGAGCUGCUUAUUUCCUGGAUUUGAUACAGUGGCAGCUGCUAUCAUCCGCCAUCUCCUCGAAGACCCUCAAACACUACAGCAAGCUAUGGAAUCAGAAAUUAAGCAUACACUCGGUGCAACACUAUCGAGGCACAAUGGUCGGGUUUCCCCUCGGAUGUUCUUGACUGCAAUGGCUCCUGUCGUGUCUCGUGACACUGCUAUUUUUAUGCAAGCGGCUUCUGUGGUUUGUCAAUUAGAAACAGUCGGUGGUCGUCCCACAAUUGUACUGGCCAAAGAAAAGGAGAAAGAGAAGGAUAAAGAGAAGGAGAAGGAGAGGGAGAAAGGGCAAGACAAGGUUUCAGAGAAGUCCAAGGGUGCCGACUUAGAUACAGGCACAAAAGCUCACGAAUCUGGGAAGAGCGGUAGAGGGCAUCAUCACAAGAAGGUUGUACCUCACAGCUUCUCAUUGGUCAUCGAGCAGUUGCUUGAUGUUAUUCUUCAUUAUCCUCCAGCCAUUAUCGAGCAGCUUCGUAAUAAGGAUGAAGAUUUGUCACCAAAGGAUGUUAGCUCUGCUAUGGACGUCGACUACACAGAAGUGAAGGACAAAGGGAAGGGCAAGGUUGAAGAUCUUGCAAGGUCAAAACCUGAAGCUGGUUCAGAUAUGUCAGAAAGUUCAGCUGCUUUAGCUAAAGUAACAUUUAUACUGAGGCUUAUGACUGACAUUAUCUUUAUGUACUCUUCGGCUGUAAAUGUUGUCCUUCGGAGGGACCUCGAGAGCAGCCAAGGGAGAGGUCCAUCACAGGGUGGUGUAGAUGCUGUUGGUCAUGGGGGUCUACUCUACCACAUUCUUCAUAGGUUGCUCCCUUAUCCAGGCGACAAGGCAAAUGACAAGUUGAAUGAAGAUGAAUGGAGGGAUAAGUUAUCAGAUAAGGCAGCCUGUUUUGUGAUGGCUGUUUGUGUAAGAUCUGGUGAAGGUAGGAGGAGAGUUGUGGUGGAGGUAGCACGUGCUCUUACAUCAGCCUCACCACCUUCAUCAGGGCUUGAUUCUGAAGUUUCGAAACCUUUGAAGUCUCCCAGCAGAAAAGUGCGAGCAUUUGUGGAUCUUGUUAAUUCAGUUCUUUCUUCGCAUUCUCCGGCUGGAAGUGCUCAACCCCCUGUAUUUUCACAAGAUAUGGCCAAAUCCAUGAUGGAUGCGGGUAUGGUGCAAGCACUUACUCGUACUCUUCAGGUGAUAGACCUGGACCACCCUGAUGCACCCAAGCUGGUGAACUCUAUAUUAAAAGCUCUUGAGGUUCUAACAAGGGCAGCUAGCAUGGCUGAUCGAAUUUAUGGGUCUGAUGGAGCUGCACCUAAGAAAUCUAUCGAAGAAAGCACUGAACAGCAGAUAGUCGAAACUGUCCAUGCUGAGACUGAAACUAGAACGGGUGAUGGUGUUCAGCCCCAGGCAAGGGAUGAAACAAUGCGGGAUUCCGUACCUCAAGAUACAUCGAUUCCAGAAGUAGGCCUUUCACUUGUUGACAGUGCAGAAAUUGCUCGCGAGGAGCAGAUGGAGCAUGACGACGGAUCAGAUCGAGAUCCUGCAGAAGAGGCUUGCCUUGAAGCAGAAGCUGAGGAAGAGUUCAUGCGUGAGGCAGCUGAGGAUGCUGCCGAGCUUGAAGGUGCUGCUGCUGUUAUGCAUUACAGGAUGGACCAUGGGCCAGAUGAUGAGAUCGUGGACGAGGAGGAUGAAGAUGAGGAGGAUAUGGAUGGCGAUGAGGGUGAGGAUGAUGGAGAGGAAGAGGAAGAAGAUGAAGAUGAAGAUGACAUGAAUGGUGAUGAAGAUAUGUUCAUGGAUGCAGGAGUACCGCACCUUUCGCCACCUGACACCGAUGUUGAGGACCAUGAAGACAAUGGCAUGGGUGAUGAAUAUGAAGAUAUGGUUCAGGAGGAGGAUGAAGAUGAGGAUGAUUGGCCUGAAGAUCGGGUUAUUGAGGUUAGGUGGCGUGAUGGCCUGACAGGGCUAAGCCAUGUUCAGGUCUUGGGGCAUACAGGUGCCAGCAAUUUAGUCGAUUUUCCAGGAGAUCCUUUUCAGGGAAUGAACAUGGAUGAUGUGUUUGGAACUUUCCGAAGGCCUGGAGGCAGCGAUCGUCGACGGACAACUACUUACCGACCAUUCCCGGAGCGAGCAGGUGGUGAGCGUGGUGGUGCUUUCCACCAUCCUCUGCUUACCAGGCCUUCCACAACCCCAGGUGGAGGUGUAAGUACAACAAUCACUAACAACUCGCUGUGGCCUAGCACCAGCAGUAUUGUUCGGGAUGCAGAGGCCAUGCUUGGAGGAAUUAGUGGAGGAGCCCUUGAUGUUACCCACUUCUACAUGUAUGAUGCGCCUAUGAUUAAUGAACAUACUGCGGAAGGGCUUUUUGGAGAGAGGGGACUAGGUGGUGCACCACCUCUUCUAGAUUUCCCAAUGGACCCAGUAUAUCUGAUGGGUAGACGAGGUGGGCGGACUGAGAGCCGUUUGAGUAGCUGGACUGAUGAUGGUCAACCACAAGCUGGUGCACAGGCUGCAGCUGUAGCACAAGCAAUUGAAGAACAGUUCGUUGAACAGCUUCGUCAACUUGUUCCCAGUGCCGAACCAGUGGCAGUCCAAUCCCCAGUGCAUUUGAACACUUCUGCUGCCGUGGAAUCCGCAGAGGCAAGAGGUAUGAAUGCUGCACAUAACAUUGUUGGAGAAGCUCCGCAACUGACUCAGAAUAUUUUGGGUGAGCAGCCUGCAGAAGUGAUACCCGAGCCACCCAAUGACGGUGGUGUUGGGAGCACAAGGCGUGACGUGAGCGGGAGGUUAGACAGUGGAAGUGCGACUGUUAACCAAAGAACUACUGAUCUUGAUGUUCAAAUGCAAGACGAAAGGAGUGAACCCGUGGCCCGGGACACAGAGGCUAACAGUCAAGACAGUGGAGGAAGUGGGGCUACUGUUGGGGAAAGUCUUCGUAGUUUGGAGGUUGAGAUAGGCAGCGCUGAUGGUCACGAUGAAGGAGAUCGUCAUCCUGGGCCAGAGAGAUUAGUUGCUAGUGAGUUGCAGCCUUCUGGGGGAGUUGAGAGGGUUAGGAGUAGUUCUAGAAGAUCUGAACAGGGAGGGGAUAUUGAUGAAGACAUGGAAGGUGCAGGUACAACUGGCCAGCAACAGGAAGGUGGAGAAAGUGUUGAUGAAAGACCAAGCAACCAAAGUGGAGAACAAGUGGUCGCUCCAACUGCUGCAAGUGGUGAAGGUCAGAAUUCACAAAGAAAUAGGGAGGGACCUGAUGCAAGUAUGAGUUCCAUUGAUCCAACCUUUCUGGAGGCUUUGCCUGCUGACCUUCGUGCAGAGGUCCUAUCUCAGCAAAAUCCUCGAGCUGUGAGACCACCAAAUCCUGCACCCCUUUCGCCACCAGAAGAAAUUGAUCCCGAGUUUCUUGCUGCCUUGCCCCCUGAUAUUCAGGCGGAAGUUUUAGCGCAACAGCGUGCUCAGCGGGCCGUGAUAGCCCAGACAAUAGAGGGUCAGCCAGUGGAUAUGGACAGUGCAUCCAUUAUUGCUACCUUCCCAGCUGAACUUCGUGAAGAGGUUUUGCUAACAUCCUCAGAGGCUGUUAUAUCUGCCUUACCUCCGGCACUUAUAGCCGAAGCUCAACUUCUACGUGAGAGAGCUAUGAACCAAUAUCAGGCAAGGGGUCUUUUUGGAGGUGCUACGCAUCGUAUCACUCACAGACGCAACAAUCUAGGAAGCGGAACAGGAGCUGGAACAGCUACUAUAGGUCGUAGUUUGGGAGCAGGGGCUGGACUGGUAGUAGGUCGUAGACCAGCUGCUCUUAGCAGUAAUUCAAAAAUUAAGGAAGCUGAAGGCAAGCCUCUUGUGGACACGGCUGCAUUGAAAGCGUUGCUGCGUCUUCUAAGAUUGGCACAGCCCCUGGGGAAGGGCCUUCUACAGCGACUGCUUUUGAAUUUGUGUGCUCAUAGUGUGACUCGCCUGACGUUGCUGCAACUUUUGCUGGAUAUGUUACGUCCGGAAGCAGAGGGCAUUUUCAUCGGGGGCAUAUCUGCUGAUGGUGCCCAAUCUCAGCGUUUGUAUGGUUGUCAAUGGAAUGUCGUGUAUGCACGAUCACAGAUGUCAGAUGGAAUACCACCUUUGGUGUCGCGACGGGUCCUUGAGAUUUUGACUUACUUAGCACGAAACCACGCCCCUGUAGCUAACCUGCUUUUGUAUCUGGAGCCUUUGAGACAACCUGCUGCAGCUCCUGCAGAGGAUUCUCCUCAAAAAGGCAAGGAGAAAGGGAAAGCCAAGAUUGUUGAAAUACCUGCAGAUGCCUCAGAGAAGCGUAAGGUGAAAGGAGAAAGUCCCCUUAUUUUGCUUCUGAAACUGUUGAAUCAGCCUCUUUACUCUCGAAGCAGUGCUCACUUGGAGCAGGUAAUGGGGUUGCUUGAAGUCGUUACAAGCAAUGCUGGGGCUAAAGCAGAAUUGAAGCCCAAGGUGAAGGCUAACGAGGGUCGUUCUCAACCUGCAAGUGCUGAUGCAGCUCCUGCUGAAACGGCUCCAAUCGGAUUGGCUACGACUUCCUCCUCUGGCACACCAUCUGCACCGUCAGGUGGAGAGGCGGAGACAGUUACAAGCAUGGUUGUUUCUGAUGUAGACACUGAUGCUCCAAGAUCUGAAGCCUUGCCUGAUUCUAGAGGUUCCAAUGAGGAAGAUGUGGGGCCUUCAACUUUAGGUUCAGGUCACAAAUGGAACGCAUGCACUAUUCUUGCAAACCUGCCUGAACCAGAGCUUCGGAAUUUGUGCAAACUUCUUGCCCAGGAAGGACUGUCAGAUACUGCCUACACGCGCGUCGCAGAGGUGUUGAAGAAACUUGCGACUGCAGCUCCAAACCAUCGCCGACUAUUUGUGGCUGAACUAGCCGUGGCCGCUAGACAUCUCAGUGGUCCUGCUGUGGAAGAACUCCAUCGAUUAGGUGAUGCUGAGACGGUUGCUGUGAGCACCACAUCUAUGGCUGGGGCAGCCAUACUUAGGGUACUCCAGGCACUUAGUGCUCUUACCACAGGUAUUGGGAAUACAUCUGAACAGGACGUUGGUGGGGAAGAGAAAGAGCUGGAAGACCUGUUGUUAGUGAGAGAUUUGAAUGGAGGAUUGGAGAUGUUAUGGCAGGGAUUGAGUGUUUGUGUUGGGAAGAUCGAGGGUCGGCUUGGCAACUCCACUGCCCUUGGUGAUCCCUCUUCGAGUGCCAGUUCUGUACCAGCGGCUGUUGUUGGCGCAAGCCCUGGUAGUGUGGCUCCUCCUCUUCCACCAGGGACUCAGAAGCUGCUUCCUUUCGUGGAAGCAUUUUUUGUAUUGUGUGAAAAGUUUAAGUCAGGCGCCUCUCAGUCUGGACAAAAUGAGCCUCACAGUGCAACUGCAAGUGAGAUAAAGGAAGCAGAAGCUUCGCUUUCGACCGAUUUAAUCCUUUCUCCUCCCUCCCCUCGGUCUCCUCGACAUUUUCAAAAACCUUGGAAACCUGAUAGCGAAAAGACAAUGACGUUCAUAAGAUUCGCUGAUAAGCAUCGGCGGUUAUUGAACGCUUUUGUUCGUCAAAAUCCAGGAUUGCUUGAAAAGUCCCUUUGCCUCCUGUUGAAAACCCCUCGAUUGAUCGACUUCGAUAAUAAGCGGGCAUAUUUUCGAUCUCGGAUCCGACAGCAACACGAACAACAACACUACUCUCCACUUCGAAUCUGUGUUAGGCGGGCAUACGUGCUUGAGGACUCAUAUAAUCAGCUGCGAAUGAGAACCCCUGAUGAGUUGAAGGGUCGGCUCACUGUUCAAUUUCAAGGCGAGGAAGGUAUUGAUGCUGGUGGUUUAACCCGUGAGUGGUAUCAGUUGCUGUCCCGCGUGACAUUUGACAAAGGGGCUCUCUUAUUUACGACUGUUGGGAAUGAAUCUACCUUCCAACCCAAUCCAAAUUCAGUUUAUCAAACGGAGCACCUGUCAUACUUCAAGUUCGUUGGUCGCGUGGUUGCCAAGGCAUUGUUCGACGGUCAAUUGCUUGACGUGUACUUCACACGAUCCUUUUAUAAGCAUAUUCUAGGAGUUAAAGUUACUUAUCAUGAUAUCGAGGCGAUUGAUCCAGACUACUUCAAGAAUCUGAAGUGGAUAUUAGAGAACGACGUCAGCGAUAUUGUGGGCUUGACUUUUAGCAUGGAUGCUGAUGAAGAGAAGCAUAUUUUGUACGAGAAAACUGAGGUGACGGACUUUGAACUUAUCCCUGGUGGUCGCGACAUUCGGGUGACAGAGGAAAAUAAGCAUGAAUAUGUGGACAAGGUUGCAGAGCAUCGCCUGACUACUGCUAUUCGACCGCAAAUAAAUGCUUUUAUGGAAGGUUUCAACGAGCUUGUUUCACGAGAUCUCAUUUCUAUCUUCAAUGAUAAGGAACUGGAGCUUCUCAUCAGUGGCCUGCCAGAGAUAGAUUUGGAGGAUUUGAAGGCCAAUACCGAGUAUACAGGAUACACUGCAGCAUCGCCAGUAAUUCAAUGGUUCUGGGAUGUUGUGCGAUCUUUCAGCAAGGAGGAUAUGGCUCGUCUCUUGCAAUUUAUUACCGGCACUUCCAAGGUGCCAUUGGAGGGUUUUCGAGCGUUGCAGGGUAUAUCAGGUCCGCAACGGUUUCAGAUUCAUAAAGCCUACGGCGCACCCGAACGGCUACCCUCUGCUCAUACUUGCUUUAAUCAGCUGGAUCUACCUGACUAUGCUACAAAAGAGCAGCUGCAGGAUCGGUUGUUAUUGGCAAUACAUGAGGCCAGCGAAGGAUUUGGUUUUGGUUAAUAGCUAUAUGAUGGCGAUGCUUGUUGGUACUAGUGACAUAAUAUUCUUAGUUGUCUAUUUGGGGUCUGCGUAAAUACUGUUGUAAUUGUGUCUAAACUGGCUCAAUUUCUUGUUCUCAGUGAUGAGACGAAGUAUCUGUACUCAUCAAUUUGUCUCUUUCAUUUCUUCUUUGAGAUGUUGUCAUUUUCUUAAUGGUGACUUCUGCUGGAUCAGAGACUUCGGCCGAACAGCGAACAGUGCAGCAAGACUGACGUAUUCAGUAGGA